GCAUGCAAAAACAAAGUGAAAAUUCUGGGAGAUUCAGUAAGCGUGGAGAGAGAAGCCGCAUACAUGUUUUGAUCAGGAAUAUGGAACAGAUCUGAUGGGACACGAGAAUUUAGCAAACAUGUCAUACAUGUUUGUGACCGAUGUGUGCCGUGGGGACAGGAGUAGUGACAAGAUAGUAUUGUAUAGUGGAUACAUGUUGCUAAAUUUGGUCAGUGUUUGUUUUGCAGAUAUAAUGUCAAAAAUUGCCUCUGCUUCUCUGUAACGGGGCCACUUCUAUUUUUUGGGGGGUGGGUAACACAGGAUUUCCUUAACCUUUUUUUUAAAAAAGGUUGUACAUUUAAGAGCACAACUCAAGAUCGUUGUCUGCUGUAGUCUGGCUGUCUGUUCAUUUCAAUUGGCUGCGGAGGGCAGGAAGUGAAGAUAUUGUUCCCACCUUUCAGGUCUCAGCUGAUCUCUCUGAGACGGAAGUGAGUGUGUGUAUGGCUGUUACAGGCACUGAGUCUGUUCGCUUUACUUUGAAUGUCUCAACCCAACAGAAGCCCGGUAAUGGUGGGGUGAGGGUAGCGGUGCUAUUGCUUCAGUUGUGAGUGAAGAGCUGGGCUCAGGGUGGGCAGGGGGUCAGGGAAUUAAAGUGGGCAGGAGGAAGAGAUACCUGCAAUGAGAAGAGUGUUAGAGGGUCAGGGAUGGCAUCCAUUCAACAGAGCCGAACUGGAGACGAAGGAGAGGAUGGCGAGGAUGGCUCUCUCCACACGAUGCUGACGGCGAUAGAGGAAGAGCGGAUCAGAGCGAGCCUCAAGCAGGAGAUGAGUGGCCUGGGCUGUUUCAAAGAUGACCGGAUUGUCUUUUGGACCUGGAUGUUUUCGACUUACUUCAUGGAGAAAUGGGCCUCGAGACAAGAUGAUAUGUUGUUCUACGUACGUCGCAAGCUGACCUUUGUUGGUCCAGACAGCAGUGACGGCAAGCAGGUUGAAGUUGAAGUUUACCGCCGAGAUUCCAAAAAGCUGCCUGGUCUUGGUGAUCCAGACAUUGACUGGGAGGAGAGUGUUUACCUGAACCUGGUUUUACAAAAGCUGGAAUAUGUAGUAACGUGUGCAGUGUGCACACGGUCAGAUGGAGGAGACAUUCACAUUCACAAGAAAAAGUCACAGCAAGUAUUCGCUUCCCCAAGUAAGCAUCCAAUGGAUAGUAAAGGAGAGGAAUCCAAAAUCAGUUAUCCAAAUAUCUUCUUCAUGAUUGACAGUUUUGAAGAGGUAUUCAGUGACAUGUCUGUGGGUGAGGGCGAAAUGGUCUGUGUUGAACUUGUCGCCAGUGAUAAAAACAACACAUUUCAAGGAGUAAUAUUCCAGGGAUCCAUAAGAUACGAAGCACUCAAAAAGGUCUAUGAUAACCGGGUGAGCGUUGCUGCUAAGAUGGCCCAGAAAAUGUCGUUUGGCUUCUAUAAAUACAACAACAUGGAAUUUGUCCGGAUGAAGGGCCCACAGGGGAAGGGGCACGCUGAGAUGGCCGUGAGUCGUGUUGCAACGGGAGACACGUCACCCUAUGGGACAGAGGAGGGCUCUGAUCCAGACUCCCCUUUGCAUGAACAGGGGGAUGCUUCUCCAUCCUGCAGUGCAUUUUGGGUAACUUCCUUCAGCACGCCACCAACUCCAGAACGCAACAAUCGCCCGUCCUUUUUCUCUCCUUCCUUGCGUAGAAAGACCCCCAAAAAUCGGAUAGCAGAAAUGAAAAAGUCUCAUUCAGCCAAUGACAGUGAGGAAUUCUUCAGGCAUGGCUCAGACAAUGCAGACUCUGAAGACAUGCAUGGUGUGUCCAACCUUCGAUCUCGCUCAUUGUCUGGGACUGGACGGUCCUUGGUUGGAUCUUGGCUAAAGCUGAAUCGAACAGAAGUAAAUUUUCUACUCUAUGCACAUCUCACCUAUGUUACUUUACCAAUGCAUCGCAUCACAACAGAUAUUCUAGAAAUACGGCAGAAGCCAAUCUUGAUGACAUAGCAGACAGCAGGCACUGCCUUAUAAACUCGCAGCCAAGUGCCUAACUGGAACUGGAUUCUUGGCGACACUACCACCUAGUGUUGGGAUGGAAGGAAAGUUUGAGAAUACCAGCCAAUCAAAGUGCCUCCUUCACCUGCCCACAGGACAUCACCAGUGUUCAUUUUCCAAUCACACCGCAUUUGUGUUUUGAUAGAGUCCAGUUAGGAGCUGCUGCUUCCUAUGAAACCAAUAAGGAAUGCUUCAUGAACAAUGUCUCAAGACAAUUACUUUGUACCUAACAAGAACAGUAAACACGAACAUAGGGUGGGGAGAGGGUUGGUGGGUGAAGGGAAAUAUUUGCUGAACUUUAUAUUGAUAAAAAACUUCAAGUUUAAUCUUCAAAGAAGUUUGCUUAGUGCGGAGAUAGCACAGUACAGUUUUCUUCCCAUACCCUCUUCUUUGUCAAAGCAACAUUUGAUUUGCGUACUUAAAUUCAGUAAUGUAGAAUAAUUGCUCACUUUAUAAAAAUGAGAUAAAGGUUCAACAAGAGACAGGAAUCAAUGGGACCGUACAGUGUUAUAUUUAAUGGAUCUGUUCUAGUAAUCAGUGAAACUUGCUGAUGGGUGGGUGGGGAGGGUGGGAGGAGGAUUGACCUUUUUUUUCAAGACCCAAGUAUGUUUAGAGUGAAACAAAUGUUUGGGAGAUGUCUUUGUGCUGCUUGUAUUCUACAGGUAUAUAUCAGGUUUUGAACAUGUUUAGAAACUGUAACAAUGAAUGUCAUUACAGAAUCCCUUUUCUGAGAAUAUUGAUUUUUGCAUGUGGUGAAAUGGAUCUUUUUCUGUAAUCCACUAGCCUGGAUGGUUGCCAUAAUGGGUGUACUGCAGAGAUGUGACUUAAGUGGCGCACUCUGCAAGCCUCUCAUGACCUUAGGUCAUUCUCGCUGAUAAGCUGAUUUUGUGCAAUGAAGACUAUUCUACCCUGAGAACCCAGCAGCAUUGCAAUUGGUUCUGUCAGCAGCCACCUAUGGGGAUGCAUCUGGAAAAUGCUCGAGUAAAAAAUAUUGAGACAAACUGGACUAUAAAAAAUGAAUAUAUGAAUUAUAGGAAAAAGAAUAUUUCCAA